CGGAGGUAUAUUUCUAUAUAGGGUCUUGUUUCUGGUUCUCGACUCGCCCUUCUACAAGCAUUAUGGCUAACGAGAUUCAUCCUGUAGGACGAUCGCUUGUUUCUAUAGAGCUCCGCGUACGUCUGCCAGACCCAUACGUCAUUACACUGGUAUUGCGGCGUGAAUCCGACGCUCAAAUAUACUUGGGCAAUCUUCUUACGUCAGGGUCAUAAUAACCGAAGGCCGUCUUGAUGAGGACGAGCUAGAUGAACUCACCGCCGGUUGACCGACGUUCUGUACCAUUACAGACGACGGGACAGGAUCAAUGAAUGGAUUGCAGUCCGAGGACGGGAUGAAAAGUAACGAUGACUUACGCUGCCCAGGGGUCACUAAUUGCCUUGUGACAAAGAAGCCAGGCCCUGUUAGCACCUUUACAACGCAUUGUUGGGGGUCUUAUCGAAUGCCUUUGUCCCGGCUCCUGAAUCACUCUUUGAAGAGAGAACAGCAGAGCAGAGACCCCAGUUGCUAAGUAGUAGUUGGAUAUAUUAACCCACGGAGCGCACGCUCGUGUAUCUCUUAAUACCGGGUUAUCAAAGCAUUGUGUUCAUAACACCACUGAGGUGUGACCUCCAUCAUGGCCGCCGAAACGCUUCCCGAAAUGCUUCCCGAAUUUGAGCAUAACGGGCUGUCGUGGAACGCGCUGCUGAAGCUGCCGAGAGAUAACCAUGCCACGUCGGCGAUAACCUAUGGGAUCGAGCUGCAGUUCUUAGUUCCGAUUCUCUCGCAGAAUCAGCCAGACCCGCAUCCCAAUGACCGGAGGCCGGUUAUUAGAGCAAAAGAGGACGCGAUUGAAUCCGAUGUCUUUGAUCUGGUGAGCGAUAGAAUUCUGAAUAUCAUACGGAGUGGCACUAGGGUUCCGGCGUGGACCCAUCCCGGCCCCCCCUAUCCAGGGCCGGAGGUUAUCGCGACGUUGGACCCAGAGUCCCAGGCUGUAGCCAGGAUGCCAGCGUAUUCCCAGUGGGUGGCUGAGAUAGAUCAGAGUCUAGUACCCCCGUACAAUCUCUAUCCGAUGUACUCGUGGGUUGGGGUCAAAGUAAAGUCUAGUAAGCGAAACACGAGCUGGGAUAACCACUUCGAUCAGGUCGGCAAAGUCAUCGUCGCCUUACGCGAUACGCUCCGCAUGCGUCUCGGGCCCACGACGUCCCUCAUGGUGCACGUCGGUUUCGCGGCGUGGGACAUCUCGACGCUGGAAAUAGGGCCCGAGUUCCUGCGCGUCUUCUGCACGCUGUGGUGGUUCAUCGAGCCGCAGGUCCAGUGCCUGGCGGACCGAUCGCGCCACACGCACUCCGAGUGCCAGCUCUUGACCCAGCGAUCGCGUCUGCAUAGGACACCGCAGGCGGAACUCGUCGAGGAGCUGACGAAGAACGGCAGCUAUGACGGCACCUGGAAGCUGUUUUAUGACCGGGUGAGCGCGCUCGUCCCGCAAGCGCUGAUCCCACGCCGGUUGUCUGACGAGCUCGAGGCUAUCUGGUCAGCCGAGGACGCCAAGGCUAUCGCGCAGAUGAUGGCGGUACCGGUAGUCAUCGGCAUCGUUAUGGAGGAGACAGGCGCCGUGGCGCCGUUCUCUACCUGGGGCCGGGGCAGCGUCGGGUUCCAGGGCUUCUGCCAGGGGGCGUGGCCCGAGAGCGUGAAGGGGAACAACGACGGAGAAACGGGGACGAUCGAGUUCCGGAGCAUGGAGGGCACGCUCGACCCCCUCCUCAUCGUCAACUGGCUCGCGGUGGUGAUCAGGCUGGUGGACUUCGCGCGCAGGGGGAACCACGACGACAUCAGGGCCAUCAUCCACAAGGCGCUGGGGAUGUACAGCGUGGUGGAUCUCCUCAAGGACCUCGACUUGGCCGAGCAGGCGACCUAUUUCACCAGCAAACUGAUGGAGCAGGAGAGCAAGGACUUGACCCAGGAAGCGAUGGAUACUCUCUUCGUUCCACCCUACUUCAUCCCACCCACUUGGUGAGCGGCCUUGCCUGGCCUGCCUACGUACAUACCUAGGUCUUUCUCGUCUGACAGUCAGACUUCGGAAUGGGUCGGUACCCCAAGGGUGGCCGGGCGAAAUAGACGGAUGCAUGGGCAAACAGACGUAAGAGAAGGGAGAACAGAAUAAAAUACCACCCUCGCCUUGCCGAGUUGUUGUCCGAGCGGGGCAAAGUGAAUCAGGGGACGAUUUGCUCAUUGCUCACGGGACGGAUUCUGUAACGCUCUCGGCUGGUUCUAGCCUCCGGCGAGAAACGUGAUAAAAGUUAUGAUGGAUAACGACAUAUUUGUACCUGUUUAUUUUGUAAAUUCCGCGUAAUGUUCAAGUAAUGUUCGAGCAGUGUUAC